AUUUACUGGAUUGGUAUGGUUAAGGUACACUUUAUGAAUACUCAAUUUUGUCUUUGCAGGCUUGCAUUCAGGAGCUUAGUAAGGAAAUAUGGAUGUGAUCUUUGUUUCACACCCAUGAUAAUAUCAAAUAGUUUUAUCCAGUCAGUCAAGGCAAGACAUAGUGAUUUCACAACUUGUAAAGAGGAUCGUCCAUUAAUAGUCCAAUUUGCAGCUAAUAAUAGUGAAGAAUUGGCUGAUGCUUCUAGAUUGGUAGCUCCGUAUUGUGAUGGAGUUGAUUUAAAUUGUGGUUGCCCCCAACGUUGGGCAAUGGCUGAAGGCUAUGGAGCAUGUCUCAUCCACAAGCCUGAAUUGGUAGCAGACAUGGUCCGCCAAACUCGGAAUUUGGUGGCUGAUCCAGACUUUACUGUUUCUAUCAAAAUUAGGAUUCACAAAGAUUAUAGGAAUUUUGCAAGGCAAAAUGGAAGCAGCUGGUGAUCAUUCAUGACUGUGCAUGGAAGAACUCAGGAACAAAGAACUGAACCAGUUUGUCUGGAAGCUAUUAGAGAAAUAAAGAAUGCGGUACAUAUCUGCCUUUCUAUUUCUUUGUUCUCUCCUAAAAAGACUUCAUUGUUUACAGGUGUAAUGUCAGCAAGAGGGAUCUUAGAAAACCCAGCUAUGUAUGCUGGUUAUGAUUCCACACCCAUUGAAUGUGUUAAGGACUGGGUCAGUACAGCUCUUUCCACUGGCACUCACUUCAGCUGCUUUCAUCACCAUUUGAUAUACAUGCUUAACAAGUCUCUCACACGUGCAGAUAAGAAAUAUUUCAAUGUUUUAGGGAGCAUCCCAGGAGUUUUGAAUUACUUGAGUGAAAAAUAUAUGAUUGACUUUACAUAGCACACUAAAUUUUCCUUAUUAAAGUCUGCAUCAUA